AUGUUCAAUCUCUUCAAAAGAAAAGGCCGCCGGAGACUCGCCAACGGCUCGACGGAUGACGACUACGCGCAGCUUCUGCGCCCAAGCACAAGUUCAAAUGCCAGCACGAGCAACGAAGAAGCUCACUACGAAAGCAAAGUCUCGGGAGAGUCUAGGCGGUUUAUGGUGUGGGGCGCUCUCCUCGGGGUUCUGGUCAUCUUGGUCGCCAUCGUCUCCCUGAUCGUGGUCAACACAACAGCCCUCGACCCAUAUGCGUACGAGCGGUACGACCCACGCACCAAGCGAUGCGGCACAACCGCGGCAGAGGCCAAACGUCUCGGCUGCCAUUUUGACCCCAUCGCCUUCUCCUGGCUCCCGGAUGACUGCCUGGACCACGAACUGAUGUCGGAGUUCCGGAUGACCGGAUGGACGUUGUAUGCGGAUAAAAACAAGACGACAACGUUGUCUGAAAAGGCCUGGUCUGGAGAGGAGAUGCAUGGCGGCGAGGGGGGAAAACACCACCACGGGAUGCAUCAAGCUUGGCUUACUAGCAAGGACAGCAAGCUCCAUUGCAUUUUUUCGUGGAAACGGAUGCAUCGGGCAAUCAUGGCAGGGAGAAAUCUCCCGGAGAAUUUGUCCUUGUGGGCAAACACGAAACAUUGUGCCGAUAUUUUGGAAGCGCAUCUAAACCCCGAGGAGAUUGUUUUGGAUAUCCACGCUGGGUUUUCGGCCUGUUAG